GCCGUCUGGCGGCUAUUCACGUGUGCUGAACCCUGCAUCGGUUGUACGCUUGCUAUUCUAUGGCCUGCAUUCCCCUGCCCGCGACCGCGAAAUUUUUAUUUGCUCGUGUAUUUAUACCUCCGAUUCUACUCCGAUCAAAAAGUGAUUUCGUAAGUUCCAAUGCAUUCAUUAGGAGCCAUAUCGUAGCACAGUGCCGCGCCAGCUUUGAUGCACUAUAACUUUCCGGACGGCAUCAUACAAUACCAGCCAGUACCCGCAGCACCAGCUAUCAUUUGUGUUAGCUCGGUGCAAACACCAUGUCCCGGAAAAGCGCAGCAUCUGGAGGCUACAAGCGCAAGCUCAGCGGCAAGCCCGAACCGAGCGAAGAACAGAAAAAUGACAUCAACGCGGCAUUCAAUUUAUUUGACCCCAGUGGCAGUGGGUUCAUGGAAGCGAAAGACUUGAAGUUCGCAAUGCGUGCACUGGGCUUCGAGCCUAGAAAGGAGGAGGUCAAGAAGCUGCUCGCCGAGAUAGACAAGCAAGAGACUGGCAAAAUAGCUCGAGAAGACUUCAUGAAUGUAAUGGCCACAAGAUUAGCAGAGAAGGACAUCAAUGAAGAAAUUAUGAAAGCUUUCCAGUUAUUUGAUGAAGACAACACAGGCAAGAUUUCCUUUAAGAACCUCAAGAGUGUUGCAAAACAGCUCUCCGAGAAUCUAUCAGAUGAAGAACUGAAGGAGAUGAUAAACGAGGCUGACAGAGAUGGAGACGGUGAAGUUAACCAGGAGGAGUUUCUUAGAAUCAUGAAGAAAACUUGCUUAUAUUGAACAUAACCUGUGUUCCUUAUGCUAGGGUUGACCAUCGAUGGCACAAAAUAUUUGUGAAAGCAAAGCAACUGCCAAAUGAAGCCCAGCUAAGUGAUGGCUGGGUUAGUUGGUGAAGCAUUAUCACAGUGGUAGCACAAAAAUGUUGUGCAACAAAAUGAACCACACAGGGUAAGCACUGUCUUGUGUGGUUUUCAUCUGUGUGUGUGUGUGUGUGUGUUUAAAUAUCAUUUUAUUUAUUUCCACCUUGAAGGCAUUGAAUAAGAGGAAGAAGCACAUACUAAAAUUUCAAUAGCAAAACAAAAAGAAAAGGUAAUGAGUAGUAGAGAAAGAAUGUAGUUCACCAAUCCAAUAAUUAUACAAAGCUAUUGCAAGAAAUAUAUAUUACAUAUUAGGUGAUUAGUAGUGUAAUUAACCCUAACAGAAAGGAAUACAACAAAAUUGUACAAAUUUUGAAGCGUAACGUAACUUCAAAGGCAUUCCGUUGACUGAUGUACAGUGCAUUGCUGUGUGAAAUUAUUCCUUAGCACUGAAGUUUCUGGUGGUUUUGUUGGGAGGAGGAGUUGCAGAGUUGCAUUUGGGAAAAAAAGGAAUUAUUCAUUGCUGAAGUGUGGUGAAAAAAUGGCUGAAGCUGUGGUGAGCAGAUGUUCAGAGCAUUGGCAUUAACUGUUGACUUGAAUGUGGGUGAUUUUGCCGGCGGCAAUUGUGUGGGUUAUAUAUUUUGAAAGCGAUCUGCGUACGGGGACAGACUCUAGGUGCGCUGAGGGCUGAUGGCUUUCUGUACGCUGUGUUCUCGCUGCUUAGUUUGCAUUGAAGCGAGAGACAGCACGAAGAUCAAUUCGCUCGCUGCUGCUGCUGCGCUUCCUCAUGCCAGCGUUUUGACAGCGAGUGUCCACGGUCAUCGAGUGUGAUGUGUUCCAUGUUUGCCUGUGCGCACUGACACCAUGCUUGUUAAUUUAGUUAGUGAAUGUUUACAAGUUUAUAUGGCUGAUAAAACUAUUAUCCUUACUUAGUAUAGCUCUCUACUAAUUUGCUAUCGCAAUUGAUGCUUUGCCUUUUGGGCGAAACUAUGACUUCUUUAAUGCUCUAUAUUUUGAAAUUCAGUUUUAGGCAAGCAUUGCAGCCUUGUCAUGUGCAACAGCAUGCCUGUAAAGCCUUGAAAAAUAAAAACUGAGUUGAACAUUGUGGUGAUGAUUCAAAAUUUGAACUUUUUCUACUGUGCAUCUCCUUUAUGCUGGACAGCUUUAGAUUAGACACAUGCUGGCUGAUAUUGAUUGUGCCAAAGUAGCAUGUGAACAUAGCUUAUUAUGUUCUCAUGACUGUCGAUGCAGUGCAGUAGAUACACUAACACAUUUUAGG